AUGCGUAACAAGAAACAUCAUUAUCGAGAAUUGCCCGAAGAAGUCCAGAAAUCAUUGGGCAGAAUCCCGAACGAGUUUCUUUGCUACUUCACUCACUUACUUCUUCACACCUACGUCGCGAUGGAAUGGUGUGCAGACGAGGCUGUUUUCAGAGGUUACUAUCCGGACGAGGUCCGGACACGGAUAGCACAUAUGAAAGAAGAAGACGAGCUUCAAAGGAAAAUGAAUGCUGAAAACAUAGAAGCAGAAGAAUGGGUCCGUGGUCAAGUCGAUAGUAAAGCAAAAAGAAAGUAA